UCCUGUUUCAUAUCAAAUUUCGCUGUAAACAUUGUCAUUAAAAUCAAGUUUAUCAGCGUUAUUAAUGAGCUAUGAAUUGAAGCAUUUAGGUAAACUGUUGAACAUCCUGACUGAAUAUGUACUUUGAAUACACCAGCUUGCAAUAUGUCUACAUCAGCAGCAAAAAGAAAGGCAACACUAGGCAAACAUGUCCUGGUACUAUUUCCAAAAGUCAUGCAAACUAUAUUAAAGGAACAUAUUACUCCAAAAGGAUUACAAGUGAAAUAUAGGCAGAACGACAUCCGUACCGCUUUAACAGAUAGUGAGAUUUCCUUUAUGGAAAAACUUCCAAGUUUAGAUGAAUUCACAAUUGAGUUAUGCUAUAAGAUAUUGCGAUAUGAACAUGUAAUACAUGAACCAAAGUGUACAUGGGGGAAUGUUCCUAACAGUACAGAAGUGGAAAUCUCUGAUGAUAUUCAGCGAAUACUCAAUUUAACGAAUGAAGUAAUCGGGGAAAUGUCAGCAGAAAUACCGAUCGAAUAUUACGAAGACUUUCAAAAGAAAACGCAAGAAAUACUCAAGAGAAUUGAUGCAUAUCUUAAUCAUGAUUCAUGUUUAAAACUGUACAAAACAAUUAGCAAAUCAGAUAUGAAUUAUAUUGAAAUUAUUUCAAAACUGGCAGAUGUUAAGCCAAUUAUUGUGAGAGCUAAUAGAGAUUCGGAUGUGGAUGAGAGUUUCAAAAGAGAAUUUUAUUCAAGAAUUUCGCUGGUUGUGAUUGAAAAAUUGCCAAAAAUCCUUAGAAAUAUACUACAAUCAUCUGUUUCCGCACGCGAUCUUUACGGUAUGUGCAUUCCAAAACUACAUUAUUUUAAUACGGAUCAACAGACUAGCUUACAGACGUUGCGACGGUCAGGUUCUUAUGAUUCAUUGGAUAUCGGUCUGAUCUAUAAAUUGUUUAGACUGUUUUCACUGAUACCCCCGCCUACAAAGGGAUGGGGAAUGUAUCCCGACAAAACUGACAUUAAGGUAGCAGAUGACGUAGAACGCAUACGUCAAUACAAAAACAAAAUAGCUCAUAGAUGCAACCCAGACUUUGACAAGGACGAAUUCGAUGAUUACUUCAACAAAUUUCGUGAUAUUGGUCAUAGAAUGGAUGCUACGUUUUUCCAAAAGACAAACUAUGAAAAUGAAAUUAUUGAAAUCAAGACCUGCAGGCUGGAUUCUGACAUUCAGAUCAAAUACACAGACGCAAUGAAGCAGUUAGAGAGCAUAAAAUUGAGAUUUGAAAAAAGACCUUUAAAAAUUUUUUGGGAAGAAAACCUUGAUACAUCUUUGGAGAACCUGAGAUCUCUGGUACGGAAAGAAACAGUAGAAGGGAAACUCCGUAUACAGAUCAUCUUCCAGAACAAGGAAGAUGUCGAGAGCACUACUGACAUCCUUAAUUCACUCAGGGACGACAUAAAUAAAAACUUGAGUGGAAUAGAAUUCAUCGUAGCCAUAAAAGAUGAUUCAAUACAAACAACAACAUCUUCACUAAGAACCUAUUGUACGAUUGACGAAAGUUAUGCAGACGGAACAACAGAAAGAUAUGAUAUCAUGGGUGAUAGAGGUUCAGCUAGUUUGGAUAAAAAAGUCUCAGAAAGCAAACAGAAAGUAUUAGAACUAAAAUUUGGUGAAAGAAUCCAAGCCAGGCCAAGAUCGUCAUCGUUAUCACAGCUAAAUGUGUCAAUAAUAGAAGACGACUCAGAAAAAGACUGGUUUUACAAGUUGAAUGUUACCUGUGACAACUAUAGCUUGCAUCUGAUAAAUGACUUCAACAUUCAAAGGAAAUUCAAAGCAUUGUCCAAAAUUGUACAAUCUAAAGGUUCUGCAAGAUUAACGACUGAGUACAGUAUAGAUGAAAAAUGUACCGCUGCAUUUGAAAUGAUAUAUAAGCAUAUUAUAUGUCGUAAUAUGUUAUCGAUGUCAGAUUGCAUCAAACAAAAUCUUGAUUUGGCAGUGCGAUGCCUUUUAACAAGAAAUAUUCCACCUACUGAGCUGAGUGAAUAUUUGCACGAGUCGAUGAAAGAAAAGAAGAACGUUAUUUCAAAGGCAAUAGGAUGGACCAUAACAAAACAAUUUUGCAAAGAUACACUGCCGACAAAAGUGAUAAACAGUUUCAUCGACAUUUGGCCUGGUUAUCGUUGUAGAUGCGAGAAACAUCGUGCAAAAGGUCAUUCUAGAAUUUGCUCAACAGAACCAGUCAUUAUUGUAGAGGUCGACAAGUUUUCAAAGGCAAUACCUGACGCUUUUUAUGGAAUUCCCGUACAACAAAGUUACCAAGAAACAAAAGGGGAACACACUAAAGUCCAAUGCCACAAGGAAAAGACAGAUGUAUCCUCGUUUAAAGACAACAUAAUACAAAAACCGGUGACGAUAUCAGGCGAGAUAGCAGAAGUUUUGUUUAAACAACAUAGUAAAAUUACAAUGAUACAUGUCCACCCUUUCAGGAGGACGAGCAUACAGCUAUGGGGUCAAAUAAAAGGAGUUAUUCCGAUGGGCGAAAAGCAUUUUCCGAAAAUGAUCAAUGGCCUAGAUACUUGUAUAGCUGAAGGACAUGUAAGAUUCAUGGCAAAAAUAAAAAUCGGUGAUACUAUUGGUGUACCUGGUUCGUCCGGAACUUUAGGUGGUUUCGUACAAAUGCAUGGCCACAAUGCAUUCUUGACAUGUGCUCAUGUUGUCCAUAACAAGAAUAGACUUAUUGCUGGUAACAAAAGGGAACUUCAUAAAUCCAAAACUAAAGUCUUUUGUCUAGACAGAUGUAAUCCAAACUCAAGCGUAGAAAGUGGGUGUGUGUUCAAUGCGGCUUUCGACCUUAAUAAUGCAGGAGGGACCAGUGUAGACGCAGCUGUAGUUAUACUAGACGAGGAAAAAGUAUCAUUUGAUGAAAAAGAUAUAUUGAACAAAGUAUCGUGUGGUCCCGUAUCAGCGGACUUUAUAGGUAUGAAGGGUCCAUAUCUGAAUGACAAUUACAUCACACCGAAAGCAGUGAGUGGUACUGUUACAGCAAGAUAUCUGGGUGUGACCUCUGGAUAUGUUGAAUCUGAUGUAUCUUUUAAAGAUUAUGAUGAAGAUGAUGAAAAUUUCAAAACGGAGCCCAAAGGUUUAUGUUUAUAUUUCAAAGAUUUACCAGCUCAUUUACAGGAUAUAGAAAGUGAAUGUCCAAAACCUGCGGAAACUCCUUUUGAAGUUCAUUUUCAACAAUUGAUGGCGUCAAAACUAGAGGAAAGAAUAAAGAGUGGGAGACACUUUUUUCGAUGUUAUAAGCAAUUGCUGUUCACAGACUUUUCGUUUAAACCAGGCGACUCGGGUACAUGCAUUUAUGUCGUUGAAGAUAAAACAAUUAUCAGACCUGACAAUCAGCCAAAUCCAACAGGAUGUCUUGCUAUGGCGAUAGCGAGUUUCUACGACAGCAAUGAACAUAGAAACAAAUGCAUCGCGACACCAAUGCAUGCAAUUUUGAAAAGACUUGGACUUAUCUAACUUGAUAAUCUGUGUGUUUGGUGGCACACACCGGAACUUGUAAAUAAAAUUCGUGAAUUGUAAUAUAGCCUAAGAUACUGUAUAUAUAUUAAAAUAUAAUACACAUUUUACAAAUUUAUUAAACAAUAUAUCGAAAAAGAAAAUAUGUAUAUCUAUAAUACUAAAAUUACGAGGUCCAAUUUGUCAGCCGUCAUCACGAAAAAACGACGAAUCAAAGAAUUUAACUUUAUAUAUAACUUAUAUAGUACAAAGGUGUAGAUUGAAAAUUACACCACUCCAGGCCGUUUUGUUUUCCACGUAAUUAAUAUUGCCAAUAAUUAAGAAGUUCCGGGUCGAGUCCGAUACCGAUACCAAUAGUAUAUUCACCUGUUACCUAUUACCUUACGUUCCGCAUCUAACAGGCGCACCAACAAUCGGUGUAUUAAAAUAACGAGGUCCAAUUUGUCAGCCGUCAUCAUGUAAAAACGACGAAUCAAAGAAUUCAACUUUAUAUAUAACUAAUAUAGUACAAAGGUGUUGAUUAAAAAUUUCACCACUCCAGGAGGUUUUGUUUUCCACGUAAUUAAUAUUGCCAAUAAUUAAGAAGUUCCGGGUCGAGUCCGAUACCGAUACCAAUAGUAUAUUCACCUGUUACCUAUUACCUUAUCUGUACGUUCCUUAUCUGACAGGCGCACCAUCAAACGGUGUAUUCAGGAUUAAUAUGCUAUAUACACGGGACAUAAUCACAGGGUUGACACUACUAAAUAGUCAAAUUGUUACCUAUUGUAGUAUUUUAAUCAGUAAGACUUUCUAAGAUAACAAUACGAAUACUAAAAAUCUGGACUAAAAAUAAGGCGUAUAGGUACAGUUUUCAAUUUGUUAGCGGGCAUGACAUAAAACAGCGAAUCAAA